AUGAAGGUCAACUCGACCCUCCUCUUGGCCACCACCUUGGGUGCGGUCACCGGUGUCCUUGCUGCACCGGCCCCUGCCCGGGUUGAGCGUGGAAUCGAAUUCGGCGGAUCCGUCGGCGUCGACAAGGAACUCCACUGGGGAUGGCCUGGUCACGGUGGUGGCCAUGGCCCAGGAGGUGGUCACGGUCCUGGCGGUGGUCAUGGUCCUGGAGGUCCUGGACAUGACGACGAUGAUGAGGACUGCGACGACGAGACCACAACCAUUCCUCCUCCCACCACCACACCCUGUGAUGAUGAUGAAACCACUACCACUACUCCUCCUCCGGAGCCAACUACCACCACCACACCCUGUGAUGAUGAUACCACUACUCCUCCUCCGGAGCCAACUACCACCACUACUCCAUGUGAUGAUGAUACCACUACUCCUCCGGAGCCAACUACCACCACCACAACGCCUUGUGAUGAUGAUACCACCACUCCUCCUCCAGAGCCAACUACCACCACCACAACGCCUUGUGAUGAUGAUACCACCACUCCUCCUCCAGAGCCAACUACCACCACCACUCCAUGUGAUGAUGAUACUACCACGCCUCCAGAGCCAACCACGACUCCUUGUGAGACAGACUCUACCACGACCAAGCCCCCUCCGGAGCCAACCACGACUCCCUGCGAGACUGACUCCACGACCUUGCCUCCUCCCGAGCCCACCACCACUUCCACCACUACUAAGCCCCCUCACCCUCCCCCAGAGGAGACUGAGACUCCUCCUCCGGAGACCACGGUCCCCGUUCCCCCAGUUCCUACCUUUACAACGACCACCUCUGUUCCCCCGGAGCCUGAGGUCCCUACUGGAACAUCUCCCGAAACUCCCCCCAGCACCAGCCCUGAGGCCCCCGAGUUCACUGGUGCUGCUAGCGUGAGCCGCUUCGGAUCUACCUUGGCCGGUGUGAUGGCUCUUGGUGCCAUCGUCCUCGCUCUCUAA